AACCUGUUCCUAGCUCUCCAUCUUCACGCUGACUCCACAUCCUACAUCACAUCUAUUAAACACCCACUGUCAUCACUGAAACCGCCGAAAUGUCUGCUAAAACCGACUCGAACCACAAGUUUCUCUACGCGGUAAUCAAGCACAGCGUGGGAAGUGUUGACUACAAGGCCGUGGCCAAGGCCACCAACAUGACUGAAGGUGCCGCUCGUAUGCGCAUGAGUCGUCUCAAAAAAUCCAUGGACACCACCGUCGACAAAGAUGCCAAGGUCGACCCGAAGGCCGCCAAAUCCGAGGAUAAGGCGCCGUCCGACUCUGACGCCCCUAUUCCCAAGAAGCGUCGCCAGCUGAAGAGAGGGAAGGAUGUCUCCAAGACCGAGUCUCCCGCCGACGACUAGGCGAGCGAGAAUGUUGAGGCCAACUGGGGGAGACUGUUGAGACUGCUUGAAGAGAAGGAUUGAAGUGAUGUUACGGAAUAGUUGCAAGUCAAACUGGCCGGCUUUGUUGGGGAUUUAGGGAAGGAUUGAUCAUGGCUGUUAAUGACGAUGCGGGGGAAUCAGUAGCUAGCUAGCAAUUUGCAGCUCAAUGUUACUCCGCUACUACUAGGUACGC